CGGUUACAUUUGCGUCAUAAGAGAUUAAGGGAAACCUCGCAUCCGAUAUAACAAACUCAUUCUCAUCUCACCACCUCUCAUCUCAGAACUCAUCAUGGCCUCAGUACUGAAAGACAAGGACGAAAUGGAGUCCGCAAUCUCAAAGCUCGCAAUUGACUCCGCAAAAGCGGCACCAAAAGGCAAAGCCAAGGCCAAGAAGCCCGUAGCAGACUCAUGGGAGGACGAAGACGUGUCCGACGAGGAAGAUGAAGAAGACGACCAGGCCACAGACAAAGACGACGCGGAAGCAGAAGCAGGCACAUCAACCCCAUCGUCACUCGCCACGCCCGCCGUCCCGCCGCCAACACCCGCCUCACCUUUAGGCUACGAGUCGCCUCAUGAAUGGGCGUCUCUCGGCAGCCAGAGUCACAGCCAGAGUCAAAGUCACAGCCAGAGCCAAAGCCCAAUGGCGACGUCGGCGUCCGGGAGCGGGGCCGGGACGCCGGCGAAGAGGCCGGAGAAGACGGACGCCGUGGCGAGGCGCAUGAUUGCGGCGGGUUUGGGGCUCAAGGCGCCGCGGCAGACGGAGGAGCAGCGGGCGUACCAGCGGUCGGUGAGGGAGCAGGAGAAGAAGAGAAGGGAUGCGGCUGUGUGGGAUGAUUGAUCUUUUUUAAUGUGUACGGAGUGCUAUGGAUGGACUUUUGUUUUUGGGUAGUUUCUUGAGAUGCUGGUGUAACAUGUUGAUGUAUAUAAUCAAGCGCAGGAUUUUGCUUCAAUCUAUGGGGUUUUCACUUGCCCCUAUU